UUGCCACAAGGGGCGCUACUUGAUGUUUGUUAUUUUUCUGGUCAUACAUUUGAGACAUAACAUUUUGAGGGAUUCAUCGAGAUGAGUUCUGAAAAAUUCGAGACGUUGGACGAAGACGUACAAAGUUUAUUUGAAGUUCUACAGAGGAAAUGUACAGGUCGUCUGGAACAAUGCUUUGGAGAAGAAAAAAAGCAAAUUAUUGCCGACGUUGAAAGAGGUAUAGACGAGGCACGUCAAGCAAUAUUCGAAAUGGAGGCUGAAGCUAGGGCAGCACCAGGGUCUUUCAGGAUGGAAAUGAUGGGCAGGGUUCGGAAACAUCAAGACACUGCUUCCAAACUUGCCUUGUUGAUCAAAUCUUCCAAACAAGCAGAAAUGUCUCUGGCAUCGACAAGAGGAGCAAUGUUUGAAAAUCAUUCUGUUGGUCAUAACCAGAAUAGAGGUAUUGAUAAUGCCCUUCAAACAACUGUUCGUCAGGGUACUGCGAUCUUGGAAAGAACAUCACAGAGCAUACAAAGAACUACACAAGUUGCUUUAGAAAGUGAAGAAAUUGGUACUGGUGUCGUUCAAGAACUAAGUCAACAAAGAGAAGUCCUUGUUCGCACUAGAGAUAGAUUGACUGAUACAGAUGCAGAGUUGGGAAGAAGUAGAAGGAUUCUUAGAUCAAUGUCCCGUGUUGCUUUGACUAAUAAGCUAGUUUUAAUUGGCAUCAUUUUGUUAGAAAUAUGCAUUUUGGCAGGUUUAGUCUAUUACAAAUUUUUUUCCUAAAUUAAUUGUGAAGUUAUUAUACUUUGUUUACCUCAUCAAUUGUUAUAUAUAAUGUUCAUGCCUUCAUUCUGUAUAAAAACAGAAAAAAAUAUAUAAUCAUGCGCGUUCG